AUGUGGUUGGCUUUCCAAGGGUUACUGGAGGUGGGUUGCUCCCUUGGCAGACUAAGGCUUGUCCACAUCAGAAUGUCCAAAUACGCAAUUUUCGGUGAUAGUUUUAUUACUAGACUUCAGGCUUCUACAUAUGGCAAAUUAGAUUUUGACCGACCUCACAGAUUUUUUGGUGUUUCAGGAAUGUCGACACAGAGAAAAUUCACAAGCAAGUUCAGAGAAAUGUUAGAGUACCGACCGAGAUAUGUAUUUAUCAACUUAGGAGGGAACGACAUCACGGCAGCGUGUGAUAUCCAUUCUAUAUAUAUCAACCUGAUCAAUAUAGCAGAGGACCUUUAUAAUUCAGGUGUGGAACGCGUGUUCGUGGCGAGCAUUAUUGAAAGAGGAAACUUUAAACAGUGGACGGGUCUAAACAGCAAGAUGUUCAAUAAAAUCAGAAGGUCACUCAACAAUAAAUUGAAAAAGUACUUGGUCAUGAUUUUGUGCAAGUGGGAAAGAGACUACAGUAUCCUAGACACUAUGAUAGAGAUUUAAUACAUCCAGGGUGCUCCGAAAAAGGCAUGACACUAUUUAAACACGAGGUCUUAAAGUGUUUCAGGAGAACUUUACGCUA